CCUUCUCUCUCACCAUCAUCUCUCCUACCGACUAGGUGGUCUCUCUACUUCAGUCAACGGGCUUUUGCUCCCCUGCCAUCUAUUCCCCGUCUCUCCGCCCUCUUUUAUAUGCUGUAAUAUCAUUCAAAAAUUUCUCCGCUUUAUCCACCAUGGCUUCCAAUCUUUCCUGCUGAGCCGUGCUCUCUCAAUCGCCGUGUGACUGCGGCAUCUUUGUCUUUCACCCAUCACUCUGUCUCUUGGCCCUUUCGCUGUCUUUUCUUAUUGCUACCUUCACUCGUUCUGGUCCCAAUCUCGGGUUUUGGUGUGAGCCACAAAAGAAACCAGGUUGUCUCCGAAUUUCCGUUUCGAAAUCGCUGUCAUGGAGCAAGAACCCUCGAUAUCCUGGCCGGGCCAACUUCAGGAGGAGUCGAUCAUGACGAACCCCGGUGACGAUGAGUUCACCAACUUUCUUGAGUUUGGAAUGCAGUUUCCCGACCUCGAAGGGCACGGACCCGGCAAUCAUGAACGUCACCCUGCCAGUUCCCUCCCCAGCACUGUUUCGUUGCCUCCUUCCACCGCGGCCGAUCAAAACCAGAUGGUCCAUAUGGAUACUGAAGUCACUGCGCAGCCCUCGCCCUACAAUCGUAUCAUGGACAAUAUCUCCCUUGACCUCCACAGCCAGGGUCAGGCUCAACCGCCGUCUGGUCAGGUUCCCCCGUCGUACUCCAAUGCCGCGAUGACCCCCGGGUUCUAUGCUCAAGAAUCUCUGCCACACCAACCUUUUCAGCAUCCACAGCAACAGUCACAGGAUCAUUCACAUCCGCCAUCGCAUUACCAAUCUCUCCCGCCACAAUCAACAAGGCAGUAUUGCCCUCAGGGUCAGCCAAUGAUUCCCCCAACACCCAACAGUAUGGAGCUCCAUGGAAAUGCCGCCAGAUACCCACAAAGAGUGGACGAAAACCACGAGAUGUACGAUCGAUACACUCGCAUGAAUGAUGAACAGAUCCUCUACACACCUCUGAUUUCUCCCGCUAUGACUCCCUUGGAAACUCAAUUUCGACUUCCUGAGUACACUAUUCCCGGAGAGUACUUUACUCCCCUCACAUCCCCGGCCCUCGAAGCCCAAAACUCCAACGCGAACAAUUACCCCUUCCAUUCGACCCAACAGCAAGUUUCGGACGUCGGGUUUCUGCACUCACCCGUUGAUACCGGUAUCCCUGCGGCAUCCACCCCAAAUUCGCCGGGGAUCAUUCGUAAGCACCGUCGCCGGCCUUCAGCUACCUCUCGAUUCGCUAGUCGAGCCAAGAAACAACAAUCGCCCUCUGUGCGACCCCAGACACGAAAGAAGUCAUUGUUAAACGUCAAUUCGGAUGAAGUACUCAAUGGCCUCAGUCAGGACCAGGGUGGCUCCAAGCCACGUGCCAAUGGUGGUAGCAGUUUACGAUAUGGAAGCAAUGAGAGCUCUCAGGACUCUGUAUCCCCUGAACCGCUCUCGGAACCAUUGAUGCCUCCACCUGCUCUUCCCCAGUCACGGAAAUCUCCCGCAAUGGGUCCGCAGUCAACCCACUCGCAGGCCGGUGGGGCUGCAACACCUGCAAUGUUGAUGCGUAUACAACGGUCGCAGCACGACCAAGACCCGACGGGCCAGUUUACAGGUCAAGCAAAACUUGUGCCUGGCGAGUCGCAUGACGACAUCAUGGAGGACGUCGUGCUCCCGGAGGCUGUGACGCCUACUUCACAGCUUUCUCGACCCCAGGUCGCUCGUAUCGAAACUGCCACUCCUGCUGAUACCACCACUGCCUCUGUUAAAUUGGCCAGUGCUACUCCCUCUCUGGAACCCAAGUCCGCCCCGAUUCUCGAACGGAACCCUAGUUCUAUCGCCCCGAGUCCGCGCACAAUCGCGAUGCCUUCUCCUAGUGGCCCGGUUGGUAAGAAGUCCGACACACCCAAGAUUGGUCCCAUUGGCAGAAAACGACCGAGUUUGUCGCAUGCUAGUCCUCAAUUACGGCCUAAAAUUAGUCCUAGUAUCCAACCUCUAGUGCGUGGGGAUGCUGGUAGCGGUGAAACAUCCGCACUUUAUCUGGCAUCUAAAUCAAAUUACCAGCACAUCUUGGAUGGCACCCUACUUCCCGGCGUCUCAUAUCCUGAAACCCUGGCCGAGAAUCUCAGCUCCAAACGAACGAAUCACAAGCUCGCAGAACAGGGGCGACGAAAUCGGAUUAAUAACGCCCUCAAAGAAAUUGAGACUCUCAUUCCUGCGGGGUUUGUCCAGCUGAAAAAUGCCAAAGAAGCUGCGGCGUGCAAUGCAAGGGGUGCUGAGAAGGAAAAAGAUAAGGCCGGGAACCAGGCAAUCAGCAAGGCUAGCACUGUGGAAAUGGCCAUCGACUACAUCAAAGCACUGAGAAAGGAGCUAGAAGAAACGCAGGGGAAACUUGCGGCCGCCGAAUCUCGUCUGAGUGGGAAAGAAAGCGAGGCCAAUUCAUCAAGCGCCGAAGGGAACACAGUGACCAAGAACACCGAAACGGAAGGUGUCAGUGGCAGUCCAAAGACAAAUGACUCUACUUAAUUUCGCGAUUGAAAUCUCGCAAUUGAGUGUUUUGGGUUGUUCUCAACAUUUCUGGCAAUAUCGUUCACGCGACAUGUUCUACGAAACGAAGAUACGGCUUAGACGGGGUAGAGGAAAAAGUAAUUCUAUGUAUUCGGGUGCCGUUUUAGAUUUAACUUACGGAGGAAGUUCUCGUCUUAUUCAUCUAUCUAUCCUAUCUUCUUUACUUCGCUGUUUUUUGUUUUCUAUCCUUUCAUGCCUUUUCUUAUCCUCUUACUUGGGCUUAUGGUGGUGUUUGACAUCGGAUGUGGUGGUUCCUUUCUUGAAGCUUUCCUCUUGUUCGGGUUCAGCGUGGUAUAUUUUGUCUUCAUUCUCUGUACCUAGAUACUGAUUCAUUUCUCUUAUUUCAU